ACAGAAGGUGCAGAAACCAAACGCCUGGGCUCCAUGACGGCAGCUCCUGGACAGCAGAACCUGUGCAUGUUCCUCGCCUGAAACGUUAUUUUUCUGCACAUUGUAGCAGCUGUUCCUGCGGAAUAAAUACAAGGGAGGCUUCACAGCCCAGAGGAAGACGUAGAUUGGCUCAUAGAUCUGCAGCUCGUUUGUGUCAGUCAAAUAAGCAGCAACUGAUGGCGACCAGUGCGAAGAGACCAUCCCUGCAGGGUCCUAUCCCCCCUCCCCGCAAGAAGACGAGCCCCAAACCAGAGCUGACCGAGGAGCAGAAGCAGGAGAUCCGGGAGGCGUUUGAGCUGUUUGACACUGAUGGAUCUGGAUUCAUAGAUGUCAAGGAGCUGAAGGUUGCCAUGAGAGCUCUGGGGUUUGAACCAAAGAAGGAGGAGAUCAAGAAGAUGAUUGGUGACGUGGAUAAGGAUGGCACAGGGAAGAUCUCCUUCGCUGACUUUCUCGCUGUCAUGACACAGAAAAUGGCUGAGAAGGACUCUAAAGAGGAGAUCCUGAAAGCUUUCCGCCUAUUCGAUGACGAUGAGACGGGCAGGAUCUCAUUCAAGAAUCUUAAGAGAGUAGCCAAAGAGCUGGGAGAGAACCUCACAGAUGAAGAGCUGCAGGAGAUGAUAGAUGAAGCAGACAGGGAUGGAGAUGGAGAGGUGAACCAGCAGGAGUUCCUGCGCAUCAUGAAGAAAACCUGCCUGUACUGAGGGGAGUGCAUGACACUAGGGUUGAUGGCGUCGAGGGGACCAGCGGUGGUUUCACAUGUAAUGCUGCUCAUACAUCUAAUUUCCUUUUCCUUAUUAUUGUGUCGUGCCAUACAUUUCCAAUUAUAAUGAGUCAAUCAAAAGGUUUAACUGUCACUGAGAGGAAGGUGUUGUGGUCAAAUGCCAAAUUAUACUCCUUUGAUUUACAUGAUACUCGACAUUACAUUUGCCAAAAACAGCAAGAGAAUACUCUCUCUCUCUCUCUCUCUCUUUUGGAAUGCUGCAUACUUUUAUGAAGGAUACAUUGAUGAUAUUAAUGAUUAUAUGUAGGUUAUAUUUUAUGUCAAGAAAUUCUCAGUGCCUACGUCAAUAUGGUGACAAACACAGUACAUUCCAAUGCUUUGAUCGAUGAUACAGUGUGUACGUUAAGUUUCUUCCAUCUGUAGAUUGUUUGGUUUAUACUGGUAACUGCAGUGUUUCAUGUUAUGGCUCCUGUAACUGCUGACGACUGGGAAGCUCUGUCUCAUCUCAGUGGAUCUGUGCCUGUGCCUCUUAAAAAAGGGGCAAUCCCACUAUCUUUAACAUAUGAUUGUGUAUGUAUUUUUCUCGUAGCAUUGAGUAUUUAUUCCUCUGUUGUGUUUGACUUCUCUGUAUUCUUGAAUGUUUUGUAUGAUAUGUAGUGACUUAAAUGAGUAGAUAUACAGCAUAUACUAUGUGUUUAAGGUACAAAUUAAAUAUCUUGAAGCAGUC